AUGGAUAGCAGCCAGAAGGUAGCCCUAAUGAGUAAUGAAAAUGCUAAACAUUUAUCAGUCAUGGAGCCGAAAAAGUACAAGAACGAUCAAUCAAAAUUAAGCUCUACUCCAGAAGAAACAGGCGAUCAAUCCCGCUGUCUCAUCUGUAUGGAGAGCAAUAGUUGUGGAAGAGUUAUUUCAAGAACAAAACUGAUGAAUACUUUGAUUGGAAAACGGAAACCGCAAGAAGCUGUGACCGUCUUCAAUAGUCUGGCUGAAGAAGGACAUAGGCCAACUAUCAUAACAUACACAACACUUGUGGCUGCGCUAACACGUCUAAAGCGUUUCAAGUCUAUUCCGUCGCUUCUUUCAAAAGUUGAAGAAAAUGGAAUGAGGCCAGAUUCUAUACUCUUCAAUGCCAUGAUCAAUGCUUUUUCUGAUUCUGGAUUCGGAGUCAUUGGAAAGCCUUAUGAAGCCAUGAAAUUGCUAGAGAUGAUGUAUCAGGACGGAAACGUGAAACCGAACGAGAGAACGUAUAAUAUUCUCAUCCAAGCUUGGUGUACCAAGCAUGAUUUGGAAGAGGCGUGGGAUGUUCUGCAAAAAAUGGUGGACUCCGGUCUGCAACCUGACGUGGUCACAUACAACACGCUGGCGAGAGCGUAUGCUCAGAAUGGUGAGACAUUUGAAGCUGAAAGGUUGAUAUUUAAAAUGCAGCAGUAUGAUAACAAAGUGAGGCCUAAUGAACGAACUUGCGGUAUCAUAAUAAACGGUUAUUGUAAGGAAGGUAACAUGGAAGGAGCCUUGAGAUUUUUAUACAAAAUGAAAGAGCUUGGAGUGCAUCCAAAUCCCGUAGUUUUCAACUCCCUUAUCAAAGGAUAUUUAGACAUUACAGACACAGAUGGAGUCGACGAGGCAUUGACAUUGAUGGAAGAAUUCGGGAUCAAACCAGAUGUAGUGACGUAUAGCACCAUCAUGAAUGCAUGGAGUUCAUCCGGGCUUAUGGACAAUUGCGAAGAGAUAUUCGAUGACAUGGUGAAGGCUGAGAUAGAACCUGACAUCCAAGCUUAUAGUAUACUUGCUAAAGGCUAUGUACGCUCCAGGCAGCCAGAUAAAGCCGAGGCUCUACUGACUUCGAUGACCAAGUACGGUUUACAACCAAAUGUUGUGAUCUUCACUACUAUCAUUAGCGGAUGGUGCGCCGCUGGAAAAAUGGACCGUGCUGUUAGACUUUACGAGAAAAUGCAGGAAAUGGGAAUUCCGUUGAAUUUGAAAGCUUAUGAAACUUUAAUAUGGGGGUAUGGAGAAGCAAAGCAACCUUGGAAAGCAGAAGAGUUACUUGUUACUAUGGAAGAAAGUGGUGUAGUUCCUGAAAUGUCCACUAUCGAGCUGGUUGCUUAUGCUUGGCGUGCCAUCGGUUUCUUUGAAGAUGCAAAUAGAAUUCUCAAUGGCUUACAAGAAAAAUCUGAGUAUGAUGAAAAUUUCGAUAGUGAAAAGAUACCGGGGCAGAACAUGGAAAGAAUUUAUACGAAACAGAAACUCGGUGCUUCUCAGCCUAAUAAUCUACUGCAAAUGCCUGGUAUAGUGGCAAGUCAACCAGAAAGAACCACUAAUAACGGCAACAUAAAAAGCCAAAUGAUAGUUAAAACAUAUAAAACGACGCGGAAUGCUAACGUUUCGAUGGUUUUUGUUCGUGCGAAUUCAUACGGAGUACAGCCAUUGAUUGUAAGUAGGCAUCAAAUUCAUAAUCAGAUCAUUAGGCCUUUACUUGAUUGUUGUAGAUUAGUGUCGAUACAUUGUUGA